GUGGUGCAUUGUAGCAAACAGUUUGUACAUGACUGGAAAGAGUGUCCAUAUGCCCAUGAAGGAGAAACUGCCCGCAGAAGACACCCGUAUGUUCUAAGAUUUCACACAGCUCAGCCGUGUCCAGAUUUCAAAUCCACAAAAUCUUGUCCAAGGUCGGACCGAUGCCAGAUGGCCCAUGGCCCUUGGGAAGCAGGAUUGCAUCCUGAUGCUUUCCGAACAAAUCUUUGUGCAUAUGGAAGAAACUGCCAACGUAGAAUGUGCUUUUUUGCACACGAUAUUGAAGAACUUCGU